CCCACACACGAUACAGUGCAGAAGGGGCUAAUGUUACAAUGAUGAAUAGAGAAGUAUUUAUGGUUUACAUCAACUUGGUUUGUGCUUUUAGCAAACCAAAAGUAAUCCAACCGACCCCUGUGAUGGUUACUGAGCUGGGAGGCACUGUGACUCUCACUUGCUAUUGUCCGGAUGAGUCGGUGACCAGAUUUAUUUGGUUCAAGCAGAGUUUUGGACAGGAACCCCUCCACAUGGCAUCAUCUCUUUAUGCUGGCCAAGAGAGUUAUUAUUCCAACAACUUUAUCAAGGACUUUACUGAGACCAAUCGUUUGAGUGUGAGGAGAGGAGACUACAGCUGUAACUUGACCAUAUCCAAGACAGAGCCAGGGGACUCAGCUACAUACUUUUGUUCCACUACAGACAUCUAUGAGCAAACAUUUGGAGAGGGAACUGUUUUAUUUGUCAAAGACUCAGAGUCCAACAGCAUGUCUGUACUCCAGCAGCCUGUGUCUGAGUCAGUCCAGCCAGGAGGCUCUGUGACUCUGAACUGUACAAUUCACACUGAGACCUGUGCAGGAGAACACAGUGUCCUUUGGUUCAGACAUGGCUCAGGAGAAUCCCGUCCAGGAAUCAUUUACACCCAUGGAAACAGGAGUGAUCAGUGUGAGGAGAGCACGAAGGCUGGGUCUCCUACACAGAGAUGUGUCUACAACCUCCCCAAGAGGAACCUCAGCCUCUCUGAUGCUGGGACUUACUACUGUGCUGUGACCUCAUGUGGGGAGAUACUCUUUGGGAACGGGACCAAGUUGGACAUUGACGACCAUAGAGCAGAUCCUCUUCUCUUGGUGUCCUGCCUGGGUGUAGUAUUGUGUGUCACGUUCACCUUGAUCAUUGUCCUGGUUUGCAUCAUGUACAAGAUGAACAACACAACAUGUGUGCAGUGCAGAGGACUCGUCUCUCAGACCAGAGGUCCUGCAGUUACCAGGUCAGAUGUAGGGGACCAAGAUGGAGACAGUCUCCAUUACGUAGCUCUGAAUCUGAGCAACAAGAAGAACAGGUCUAGAAGACAGAGAGGUCACAUGGAGACAGUGGUGUAUGCUGGGAUCAGACAGUAGAAUUGGAUGAAUGAACCAAUGAUAAUUUUUUACUUGAUAACUCUUUAUUAACUAGUUCUAGCUUCAUGAACUAUCUAUGAACGCAUAAGCAGUCAAAUGUGAUGAAAACAGUGGUCAUGGCUUUUUUGUUAUUCAAUGUUGAAAAAAUUGAAUGCAUUGCUUCUCUGACAAACAUUUUUUACUUUUUAUAAUAAUAAUAAUAAUAAUUAGGGGUGGUGCUUAUAUUUGUCUUGGUACACAAGUGUGUACUGAAAAUGUUUUUGUAUGUUUGUUGCUAACCAAACUCCCCCUGAGACACCUGCAGGGAGUGGGUUAACAGCCAGGGUCACCAUUGUACAGCACACCGGGAGCAAUUCGGGUUAAGUGCCUUGCUCAAGGGCACAGUGACAGAUUAUUAUUAUUUUAUUGUUGUAUUUGUUGUGACCAUUUUAGCAACAGUGAACUAGUUGAUUGCAUUUCCAACUGUUUGAAUUUGAAUACAUUGAACCCACUGCAUACUAUGAUGAUAUGACGCGUUGUACAGACGGAUGCUCUUAACUGUCUCAGACAUUAUGGUCUGUUUACAAAGCCUUGUGGUGAAGGUGGAAGUGUUGCAGUAACUUUCCACUGAUGGAAACUAACCUCUUAUAGACAUUUAACACAGGAAGACUGACCUGCACCCACACUUCUCUCUACAUUGUCCCUUUGGGCCCUGUAUUGUUCACACCCCUUAGUGUGAAACAGACUCUCAAGGGACUCUCAACACAAAUGUGUAGGUCCAAGUCUAGCAGUUCCACAUCAUGCUAUGGUAAAGGAUUUAGGCUUUUUGCAACAGAACUACUCAUAGUGAAAGUUGCACAAUAGCCAAUACCACAGAAGAAUGGCAGGCCAUAGUUAGGCCUCAUUCUGUUGUAGUGUUAGUUUUUUUGUUAAGACUACUGAUUGCAUGCCACACACAAACUCACAUACACAGCAACCUAUUUACAGGUAGUCUGUGGUCUGCUAUGAACAAAACACGAGGCUGUAGCUAGAUGUACUUUGGUGAGGCCUGUUGGGCUUCUGCACAGGACCUACCGAACGUCUCUCUCUCUCUCUCUCUCUCUCUCUCUCUCUCUCUCUCUCUCUCUGUCUUUCUUCAUUGACUUUCUCUCUAUGUGGUUUCCAGCAGGAUGUCUCAGUGGUGUCAGUCAGUUGUUUCACGCACUCUAUGUUUGCCUUCCAAAUUGCCCAUUUGAGCAACAGUAGAUCACUAUUUUCAUGAUGCAGCUUGUUAUCUGUAUAUAUAUUCAGAUGAACUUUCUAUUGGGUCAUUUGACCAAGACAUCUGAGGUACUUUGCCUAACAUACAUGACAGUUUUAAGUGUGAUGUAAAGUAUCAUCAUCAUCUGGGACAAGAAGAAAGAGCCUCCUCAUAUUUAUAUCAUGGGAGGGCUUUUAUCUGUCCAUACAUUGGAGAAUAAAAUGUAU